UUUUUGCUUUGCAAUCAGUAGUUUUCAACAGAGCUUUUAGAGCCGAGCUGAAAUAUUUGAAAUGUGGAACCCUCUUGACCAUGAAAUAUGUUCUACUUCCAUGCCUCAGCCUUUAAAAGUUCUUUGCAUUAGAGUCAGGGAUUACAUUGUUUCUGGAGCCAAGCAUGGGGCCAGCUGUAAACAAGCCACACUUCUCCUUGGGGAGGCUGAAAGGAGUUUGAAAGGUUUGUUGUGGCAAGUGUCACAAACAUUCCCAACUCCAUCACCAACUCUUUACUUCCAUCUCUACCCACUGGAGACCACUUAAGACACCUAAGCGGAGGCGACAGCCGAAUUCAGGAAACCAUGCAUCAUGUCAGCAGGAGCCAACUGCAGACUUUAAACUCUGUUCAACAUGUGGAUGCAGCAGAGAAAUGACCUGUCCAGACAAGCCAGGGAAGCUCAUAAACUGGUUCGUCUGCACCCUGUGCGGCCCACGGGUGCGUAAACUUUGGAGUAGCCGGCGUCCAAGGACCCGGAGGAACCUUCUGCUGGGCACUGCCUGCGCCAUCUACCUGGGCUUCCUGGUGAGCCAGGUGGGGCGCGCCUCCCUCCAGCACAGACGGGCAACGGUAAAGGGGCCACGCCAGAGCCGUGACACCGCCGAGGCACCCUUCCCUGAGUUACCCUUGGAUGGUACCCUGGCCCCUCCAGAGUCCCAGGGCAAUGGGACCACCCUGAAGCCCAAUGUGGUCUACAUUACCCUACGCUCCAAGCGCAGCAAGCCCGCCAAUAUCCGUGGCACAGUGAAACCAAAGCGCAGGAAGAAGUAUGCCGUGGCAUCUCCAGCCCCAGGACAGGAGGGUUUGGAUGGGGCAUCCCUUCAGCUGCAGGAAGCUGCAAGGGCAGCUGAUGCUGAAUUGCCUGGGUACAUCCAGGGAGGAAACCUGGCUAAGUCUGGGGAACGACCCUGGAGGUUGUUACCGGGUCUGGGAGUGCCAGGUGGAGGCUCAGAUUUCCAGCUGCCCCAGGCCCGGGAGAGCAACAUCAGGAUCUACAGUGAGAGCGCCCCCUCGUGGCUGAGCAAAGAAGACAUCCGCAGAAUGCGCCUGUUGGCUGAUGGCGCGGUGGCGGGUCUCCAGCCAGUGUCGCCUCACAGCAGAUCGCGCUUGCUGGUGCUGCAGGGGAGCACCUCUGGCUCAGUGCCUGGCUGCGGCCCUAGCCCCUGUGGGCUGGUCAAGCAGCCUUUGGACAUGAGUGAGGUGUUUGCCUUCCACCUGGACAGGAUCCUGGGACUCAACAGGACUCUGCCUGCUGUGAGCAGGAAAUCAGAGUUCAUCCAAGAUGGCCGCCCAUGUCCUGUCAUUCUCUGGGAUUCAUCUUUAUCUCCAACAAGUAAUGAGACCCACUCAUCUGUUAAGCUUACCUGGGGAACUUACCAGCAGUUGCUAAAAUGGAAGUGCUGGCAGAAUGGUCGAGUACCCAAACCUGAAUGGGGUUGUACUGAAAUACAUCACCAUGAGUGGUCCAAGAUGGCCCUCUUUGAUUUUCUGUUACAGAUUUAUAAUCGCUUGGAUACAAAUUGCUGUGGCUUCAAACCUCAAAAGGAAGAUGCCUGUGUGCAGAAUGGACGGAGGCCCAAAUGUGACCACCAAGAUUCUGUGGCUGUCGCUCACAUUGUCCAGCGAAAACAUGACCCAAGGCAUUUGGUGUUCAUAGACAACAAGGGUUUCUUUGACAGAAGUGAAGAUAACUUAAACUUCAAAUUGUUAAAAGGCAUCAAAGAGUUUCCCGAAUCGGCAGUUUCUGUCUUGAAGAGCCAGCACUUACGGCAGAAACUCCUUCAGUCUUUGUUUCUUGAUAAAGUUUAUUGGGAAAGUCAAGGAGGCCGACAAGGAAUUGAAAAGCUCAUCGAUGUAAUAGAACAAAGAGCCCAAAUCCUCCUCACCUACAUCAGUGCACACGGGGCCAAAGUAUUACCGAUGAACGAAUAACAAAAGAACCUUCUGGCUUGAAUGCUAGAUAUGUUUAUGCAUUUUUGCUUUUGAAUCAAAUACACAAAUCUCAAGUCCUUUUAGGAAUGCAGCAGUGUAGAUGAAUAUAUAAAAUAAAUGAAUUUAACCAAGGGUAUGUGAUGGGCCUGAGCACUAUACACAGAUUUAUAAAGCUUUUAAAAAAUAUGUUCCUCCAAAAUAUUUGUUUAUAUUUUUCACUAAUAUCAUGUCCUGUGAGUCUCAGCAUCUGAUGACAGAAUAGUUGCAAUUAUUUCCCUAGCUAGCUUUGUCAAAACAUUUGUCAUGUUGUUUAGUAGAACGGUAUAAACUGAUGCCUCUAAUAAAUUAUAUUUUGUGCCAUUUUCAUGGGUCUGUUCUGAUACUAAUGGGCAUGGCUCUUGGCAUUAUUUGUGGCUAAUUGUAAAAAGAGCAGUCCCAGCACUAACCCAGAGGCCAGUCUGCACUGGAAAACUGAGGCACACGAUCUGUAGGUCCAUCAGCACAUGCAAUAGUUUAAAUAGAAAUGCUGAGUCAUUUGCAAAACUAUUUGUAUAUGUUCUACUAUAGCUGUAAAUGCCCAGGCAUUUCUGUGAUGCUGAGCAGUGAGAAUCACAUUUUCCAUCCCUUUUUUAGACAUUUAUUUUGUUGUCAGUGUAGAAACCAUCCAAAUCUGACAAUUCAUAUAGUAGGUGGUUUUGCUCUCUCUCAGUUUUGGUCCAAUUUAUGUCUAGUGGCUUAGCAAUUAAACAAUUUUAAGGCAUGAAGUUACCGAUUUGAAACUGUGCUUACUGCAUAUCUUUUUCAAAAUGGACACUCUUUAAAAUUUUUGUCAUUUUUACAAAGGAUGAACUAUAAUUUCUGUAUAUUUUAUUAAUAACAGUGAGUUUCUUCAAAUUUAUUCUGUGUAAUUAUAUUUAAACUGAUUUCAUUGCUAUUGCCCAGAUAUUGACAAUAGGGCCGGAUAUUGAGUAUGUUUAAAUAUAUUGUUGGGCUUAUUCCAAUAUGAGAAAUAAGAA